CACGCAUCCCCGGAUUUCCACUUAGUUUGGGACCCAUCUUCAAGACCCAUCUCUUGAUGCAUGUCAGAAAGCAAAGGAAGGUGCAUGCUCUCUCUAGGAGCUUCUAUUCGAAAAGACCCCGCGCGAGCCACCCGCGUACAAAUGACAGCAUCUCCCCCGACCACCUCAUCCAUCUAUCCUCCACGUUCCAUGUUCCACUGCAUACAAUAAUAUAAAAUUCAUCUCAUCGCCAAGCAACAACUAUCACCACAAACACACCAACAAUGCUCAAACAAACCACCCACCUCCUCAGAACAACCCCACCCAUCACGAAAUACCCAAUCCACCAUCUACGAAAUUUACAAACAACAACACCUCGAACAAUGUCCCUCCUGCCACACCACCCUCGUCCCGUCCCCUCUCUCCUCCGUGCCUUCACAGACCUAGAUAACUACCUCACUACAUCCACCGCUACAGAUUCUCUAUUCGCAAACUCCCCGCGCUUUGACCUCCGCGAAACCAAAGACGCAUAUAUCCUAGAUGGCGACCUGCCUGGCGUCAAGAAAGAAGACGUCACGAUCGAGUUCACUGACCCCAGCACAAUGAAUGUCAGGGGUCGCAGUGUGCGCAGCACGGAGGGUGAGGAUGGGAACUGGUGGUUCUCCGAGCGCACGAUGGGGGAGUUCCGUCGCUCGUUUAGUUUCCCGGCCAAGGUGGAUCGGGAGCAUGUGGAUGCGAAGUUGACGGAUGGUGUGUUGUCGAUUCAGGUGCCAAAGGUUGGGGGAGAGGUGGAGGAGGAGAGGAAGGUGAUUGAUAUUAAGUAGGGCCUACUACAUUCCUUGGGGUUAUGGGGUUUGAUGCGUGUAUGAUAGGGGUUUGAUUGUGCUUUAAUGUUAGUUGCGUGUGAAGGAAGGAAGAUAUUAGGGGUAUUUGUUUUAGCUAUUCAUUGGAAGGCUGGCUGAUUUCCAACAGUGAGAAUGGACAUUAUGCAUGUUAGCGCUAUAUAUAUCAAUAAAAAUUU